AAGAAUUAGAUCCCUUCUACGUUUUUUAGAACGUAGUUAGCCUAUAUUUGAUUCUAGAUUUAAGUUGACGCUGCACUAUUAAAAAUCAGUAAUUUUCCAGAAGGAUUUUUGUAAACGCCGGUUGCCUCUCUUUAUUACAUUGGUACAUGUUACAGAUAAAAUGGUAGAUUUACUGAGGCAGCAUCUUACAAAGAUAAAGGCUCCAUUUGGUGGAGAGAAAGUUUUCAAAGAUGAGUGUGCAUUUUCCUUUGAUAAUCCAGAAUCUGAGACUGGCUUGUAUGUUUGUAUGAAUAGAUUCAUUGGACUUGGAAAGCAGUUUGUAGAACCAUACUUCAGUAAAACAGGAAAUGCUGUAUUUCUACAUAUUAAAAGAAUAAGAAAAGAGAUACCAAAGGCAGCAGAUCCCCCGGAGAAGAAAAUAACAAAACUAGCAAUAGGAGUAGAAGGAGGAUUCAGUGUAGAUGAUAAACAGUAUGAGUUUGACGAGACUCAUUCUGUAGUAGUACUCCCGAGCUGGACAGUGGUACCCUUACCUAAUCAAGAUAUACCAGAUAUGGUACAAAUAUCUGUUGAGUCUAUUUUGUCUGCUGAGGAUGCCAGUAAGAUGGCUGAGGCUGCUGCAAUGGCAGGUACAUGGGAGGGGGAGGAAAGAAAAGUGUCAAAACAUGCAGAAAACUUGGUACAGCAAGACAAUGGUAUAAAAAUUCCUCCCAAAGGAUGGAAAUGUGAAAAAUGUGACUUGACCUCUAACCUUUGGCUGAAUCUGACUGACGGCAGUAUUUUGUGUGGAAGAAAGUUUUUUGAUGGCAGUGGUGGCAACAAUCAUGCAGUGGAACAUUAUGAUCAGUUUAAACACCCAUUGGCUGUUAAAUUAGGAACUAUUACUGCAGAGGGAGCAGAUGUGUAUUCCUAUGAAGAAGAUGACAUGGUACUGGACCCUUAUCUUGAUAAACAUCUGACACAUUUUGGAAUUAAUAUGAGAGCUUUGGAAAAGACUGAAAAGACCAUGGUAGAACUAGAUAUUGACCUGAAUCAACAGUUUGGUGAAUGGAAUGUGAUACAGGAAGCUGGCAGCAAGUUAACUCCCCUGUAUGGACCUGGUUACACUGGUAUGAGGAACCUGGGUAACAGCUGUUAUAUGAAUUCUGUCAUGCAAGUGAUCUUUACCAUACCAGAUUUUCAGAAAAGGUAUUCAGACAAAGCAGAAGAUAUAUUCAGUUCAGCACCUGAAGAUCCGUCCACUGACUUUAAUGUACAAAUGGCAAAGCUUGGUAGAGGACUUCUGUCUGGGAAUUACUCCAAACCUCCAACAGAAACUGCAGAUGGAAAAGGGCUGCCACCCAAUGGAAUCCGUCCACAGAUGUUCAAAAAUUUGAUGGGUAAAGGACAUCCAGAAUUCUCAACUAAGAGACAACAAGAUGCACAGGAAUAUUUUCUUCACUUAGUAAACUUAUUAGAGAGAAAUACACGAGGGACAGAUAACCCUGCUGAUUGUUUUAAAUUCAAUGUAGAAGACAGAGUGGAAUGUUUACAAAGUAAAAAAGUUAAAUAUACAAACCGUGAUGAUUUUAUGUUAGCACUGCCCAUACCAAUGGAAGCUGCCACAAAUAAAGAUGAAGUUGCAGCAUACGAAGAUAGAAAAUCAGCAGCUGAAUCACAAGGAAAAAAAUUAGAUCCAAAAGACCUAGUUCGUCCCAGAAUUCCUUUGGUUUCCUGUUUAGAAUGUUUUGCUGCCUCAGAAACCAUAGAAGAUUUUUACAGUUCAGCAAUAAAAGGGAAAUCUGUAGCUAGCAAGAGAAAUCGAUUUUCUACUUUCCCAGACUUCUUAAUGGUACAGUUAAAGAAAUUUACAAUUGGAGAUGAUUGGGUCCCUAGAAAACUAGAUGUUUCAGUAGAUGUUCCAGAUGACCUUGACCUUACGGCUUUACGAGGGUUAGGAAAACAACCUGGCGAGGAAGAUUUACCUGGUGAACAACAAGAAGUACAAGAAGUAAGAAUUGAUGAGACAACAGUACAACAAUUAGCUGACAUGGGUUUCAAUGUAGAAGGUUGUAAAAAGGCUGUGUUUAAUACAAACAAUAGUGGAGUAGAAUCUGCUAUGAACUGGGUGAUGGAACAUAUGGAAGAUCAUGAUUUCUCCUCACCAUUCAGGUUACCAGGACAACAGAACAAGAAAGACUCAUUUACACCCAAUGAAGAGUCAUUAGUGAUGGUUAUGUCUAUGGGGUUCAGUAGAGAACAAGCAAUCAAAGCUUUGAAAGCUACAGAUGGAAAUGUAGAGAGAGCAGUUGAUUGGAUAUUUAGUCAUGCUGAUCAGCUGGAUACCAUGGAAACAGAGGAAUCAACACCACAACAAACUCCUAAUGUUAGGGAUGGAAAUGGAAAAUAUAAACUUGUUGCCUUCAUCAGCCAUAUGGGAACAUCAUCACUAGUUGGCCAUUAUGUGUGUCAUAUUAUAAAAGAUGGACGCUGGGUGAUAUUUAAUGAUGAGAAAGUAGCCGUCUCAGAACACCCUCCCAAAGACCUGGCUUAUUUAUAUCUAUAUCAACGAGUAUAAGAAAACAUUAAUGAGAAAAAAUCCAUUGAUUAGUGCUUUAUGACUGUAAUUAUUGUCUAAAACAUUCUUAUUGUACAACAGAUGUUUAUGUAUGCAAAAUAAAAUUUUGCAAUUAGAGAAAUUAUAACAGCAUAUUUAGUCUCUUUAUGAAUCUCAGAUGAAUUGAACAAACUAAAAUUCAAUUCACAAUUCAUGCACUAAUUAUGGUGAAUGAAGCAUCUGAAUAAAAUUCAGUAGAAUUUUUAA